GAGACGCUUGGGAGGAAGAGCCAGAGGACUUCAAACGGUCAUGGCUGAGUGUGGUGGACGGGUGUUGUGAGUCGCUCUCGGAUUAUUAGAGAUAAUCUGUGAUUGUUAAGGCUAUGAAGUGGAGUGUUGUGGUUUUAGGGUGUUGUGGAAUGUUGCAGUGAAGUGUGUUGCGAUGGACGGUACAAUGUUGCCUCGCAGUGUGUUGAUACGGCGUGCAGCUGUAGCCCUGGUGGCUGCAGUGGCCGUGGUGUGUGUGAAUGCCGAGGUGUUGCCUGAAAUUAUGUACAGUGUGGCAGUGCCGCACGAUGUGGCACCCGCUCACAUCGUUCACAAAAUCAAGUUGAAAGAGGGACAGGUCGUGAACCGGUUGAUGGAUACUCAGUACUCCGAUUACUUUGCGGUGUUGGACAACGGCGAGGUGAUGACGGUGGCCAAGCUGGUGCCGCUCCUGGGGAAGACGGUGACCCUCCGGGUGGCGACCACCUUCGAGGACGGGGACAGCCAGGUCUAUGUGAUCAGGGUCGCCGUCAAGGACCACCAGAGCAUGCUUCGGUUUCUCAAGCCAGAGUACGACGCCAGCGUGUACGAGAGUCUGCCCGCGGGCACGGAGUUGCAGGGCCUCGACGAGCUGGAGGCCAUGGGCGAGGAGGACGUCAAGUACGAGUUGCUGGGCGGCCACUCUGUAUUUGCGCUGCACCACGUGGGCGGCAUCCCGACGGUGGUGACCCGCAAGAGUCUGGACCGGGAGGCGCAGGACAUGUACAAGCUUACCCUGCGCGCCCACGACAAGGAGGGCAUGGACAUGGCGGAGGCCAAGAUCAACGUCCACAUCUUGGACAUGAACGACCACGCGCCGGUGUUCACGCAGAACAUGUUCUACUUCUUCGUGCCGCUCAACGUGACAAGGUUUGACAAGAUCGGUCGCGUGACAGCUCACGACGGCGACGGCGACGUGGUGGUGUACCGCCUCGCCUACCCGUCCAACACGUUCACCAUCGUGCCGCAGACGGGCGAGAUCAUGCUGAUCGAGCCUCCGGAGACCAUGGUGUACGAGCUCGAGCUGGAGGCCUUCGACAAGCGCAAGCCCACCCUGUACUCCGACACCCUGGCCAAGGCCCACAUCGAAUUCCGCUACCCCGGCGACUCCCUCUUCACCGGAGAGACCAACGACGUGGACUAUGACCUGUACCCCGAGCACGCGCUCUCCAAGCGCAGUGCCACCAGGGUCAAGCGAGGCCAGCUCAGGCACACGAAGGAACUGGUGUUCUCCGAGGCCGACGGGGCCGUCGAGGGCAAGGUUGUGUUCCAACUCGAGAAAGAGAUUCAGUGGGAAACGUUUAAGAUCCGCGACGACAACCCCUGGGUCGAAGUGGACGCUAACGGUGCCGUGCGCGUCAAGAAGAAGUGGGACUACGAGGAGCUCGGUCCUGAGAAGACCAUCGAUUUCUGGGUGACCAUCACUAACAACGAUCGUAAUGAUACAGACAAUCAGCGCGUCAUUCUCCAGAUUACGGACAUCAAUGAUGAGCCUCCUUACUUCAUCAAUCGUCCCCUUCCGAUGCAGGCAGUUGUCAAGCUCAAUGCUGCUCCAAACACACCAGUCUUCACGCUACAGGCUCGGGACCCUGACAAGGAUCAUGACAUUCAUUAUUUCCUUGUCAGAGAUCGAAAAUUCAUGAUUCUGACCUCUAAUGUUAAAUUCCUCAUUGCAGAUACAGACAAUCAGCGCGUCAUUCUCCAGAUUACGGACAUCAAUGAUGAGCCUCCUUACUUCAUCAAUCGUCCCCUUCCGAUGCAGGCAGUUGUCAAGCUCAAUGCUGCUCCAAACACACCAGUCUUCACGCUACAGGCUCGGGACCCUGACAAGGAUCAUGACAUUCAUUAUUUCCUUGUCAGAGAUCGAACUGGAGGAAGGUUUGAAGUAGAUGAAAAGUCUGGUGUUGUGCGAACUCGCGGAUCCGAGAUGUUCCAGCUGGACAUGGAGUACGUUCUGUAUGUGAAGGCAGAAGAUCAGAAUGGAAGGAUUGAUGACAAGCACUUCCAAGCCACACCCGAGGAACGCCUUUCCAUCGUUGGUGGUAAGAGGCCACCGCAGUUUUAUCUGCCAAAGUACGAGAAGACCAUCCUUGAAAAUGCUCCUAAGGAUUCAGACAUCAUAUCAGUAAAAGCAAAAUCCUUUGCUGACCGUGAGAUCCGAUACACCCUGAAGGCCAAGGGUCAGGGAGCUGGAACAUUCAACAUUGGUCCUACAUCUGGCAUUGUUAAGCUGGCUAAAGAGCUUGAUUUCGAAGAUGUCCGUCAACCUCACAUCUACCAGCUGGUUAUCACCGCAACUGAAGACUCUGGUGGAUUCUCCACGUCUGUUGAUCUGACCAUCAAGGUGACAGAUGUGAACGACAACCCACCUAAGUUUGAUCUUCCAGAUUACCAGGCACAUAACAUUGAUGAAGACAUACCCAUCGGUUCUUCCAUACUCAAGGUCAAGGCACGAGAUGAUGACUCUGGAACAAAUGCAGAGAUUGUGUAUAGUGUGUCCGACGAUCACUUCCGAGUGGACAACAAAGGCGUAAUAUAUAAUCGAAGGACUCUUGAUGCUGAUGACAACAAUGCCUACUAUGAGUUUGUUGUGACUGCCACAGACAGAGGUGAACCUGCCAAGGCAGGAACUGCUACAGUGCGUAUCUAUACCAAGAAUAAGAACGAUGAAGAACCAAAAUUUUCACAGCAAGUAUACACUCCAAAUGUGGAUGAAAAUGCAGGACCAAACACACUUGUAACAACUGUUGUGGCUUCUGAUAAAGACGGAGACAAUGUUGACUUUGGUUUUGUUGGUGCUAAUCGUAAUUCUGGUCAGUUCGUCAUUGAAAAAAUGACUGGUGUCAUCCGAUUGCACAACGGCCCAAUCUCCCUCGACCGAGACAAAUACGAAUUGAAUGUUACUGCUGUCGACGAUGGAAACUGUUGUCCAGGUGGCCAACAAACCCGCCAUACAUCCACUGCUGUUGUUGUUGUCUUCAUCACAGAUGUGAAUGACAACAAGCCAGUGUUCAAAGACUGUGCUUCAUACCAUGCCAAGGUUGAAGAGUCUGCCCCCAAUGGCUCUCCAGUAAUAACUGUACAUGCUACUGAUGAAGAUAAGGGUGUCAAUGGACAGGUUCGGUACAGCAUUGUGCAGCAACCAAAUCAAAAGGGAACAAAAUUCACUGUUGACACAGAAACAGGUGAAGUAACCACCAACAAAGUGUUCGAUCGUGAAGGUGAAGACGGCAAGUUUGUGUCUGUUACAGUAAAAGCAACAGACAAUGGAGACCCAUCAUUAGAGGGUGUUUGUUCAUUUACUGUAGAAAUUACAGAUAUUAAUGACAACCCUCCAUUAUUUGAUCGUCAAAAAUAUGUUGAGAAUGUCAAGCAGGACACAAACGUGGGAACAAACAUCCUCCGCGUUUCGGCUUCCGAUGAGGAUGCUGACAACAACGGCGCCAUCAUCUACAACCUAACAAUGGCCACAAACCCCGAUGACCUGUCCUACUUUGAGAUCCAACCAGAAUCAGGCUGGAUUGUUCUCAAGAAACCUCUGGACCGAGAAUCGUACCGGCUGACCGCCGUAGCUCAGGACCGUGGAUUCCCUCCACUGUCUCGCACGGUGGACGUUCAGAUUGAUGUAGUGGAUCGCGCCAACAACCCUCCUGUAUGGACCCAGUCCAUCUAUGGCCCCAUUUACAUCAAGGAAAACUUGCCAGUAGGGGCAGGAGUUAUCUCAGUGAAGGCCAGCUCUGGUAUAGAGGACAACCCUGUGGUUUUCUAUCGUAUCAUCCGAGGAUCAACAGCCCAAACGAACAAGCACGAUACCUUCUAUUUACAACAACGUCCAGACAACGGUGACACCUGGGCAGAUAUCAAAGUUAAUCAUCCCUUAGACUACGAGAGUAUAAAGGAAUACAAUUUAACUGUGCGAGUAGAGAACAAUGGACCACAACAACUAGCCUCAGAAGCUACCAUCUAUGUUGUGCUAGAAGACGUGAACGACGAGAUUCCUUUGUUCACUGAGCGAGAACAGGAGACUGUACUUGAAGGAGAGCCGAUCGGUACCAAGGUCACUCAGGUUAACGCUAUCGACAAGGAUGGAACUUACCCCAAUAAUGAGGUUCUCUACCGCAUUGUUGAUAGUCCUCGGAAUGAAGGGCGAGACUUCUUCGAAAUCAGGGAACGAACUGGAGAGAUUUUCACUCGGGUAGAGUUUGAUCGUGAAGAGAAACAAGCUUAUGCCCUUGAAGUGGAAGCUCGGGACGGCGCUGCAUCGGCUCGACCAAACGCCAAUGGACGCCCCAAUACAGGUACAGUUGGCAGAUUCCUUUUCCGAAGCGUUCUUUUUUAUAUUUUGUUUUUAUGGUCUUAUGUAUUUUUUUUUCUCGGAUUAUCGAUUUGUUUAUGAUUGUUGGGAUAUGGGUC